AUGGCGACCGACCCCACCAAGUACAAGCUGAACCACUCAAUGCUCCGCAUCAAGGAUCCAAAGAGAUCGCUGGAAUUCUACCAGUUUCUUGGUAUGAAACAAAUCAACCAGAUCAAAAACCCGGACGCAAAGUUCGAUUUGUACUUUCUCGCAUACGACAGCCCCAAAGCAGUCUCACAUGGCAAUCAUUGGACCGAUCGUGAGGGCAUCGUCGAGCUCACUCACAACUAUGGCACUGAGGACGAUCCCAACUACAAGAUCACAAACGGCAACACAGAGCCGUACAAGGGCUUUGGUCACUUGUGUAUAUCUGUAGACAACCUGCAAGCUGCCUGUCAACGGCUAGAGGAUGCAGGCUAUGAAUUCCAGAAAAAACUUACCGAUGGACGUAUGCGCCACAUUGCAUUCGUGUUGGACCCCGAUGGCUACUGGAUUGAGAUCAUUGGGCAGAAGUCCCUCGAGGAGACUGAGAACGUCAAAGAGACGGAUAUAGACACAUACCGAAUGAACCACACUAUGAUCCGUGUCAAGGACAAAGACAUAUCGCUGAAGUUCUACCAAGAUGUAAUGGGCAUGAAGCUGAAGCGCACAUCAGAAAGUCCAAAUGCCGAGUUCAAUUUAUACUUUCUUGGAUAUGGUGCUGAUGCGCCUGACCAAACAGCAAACGGUGUCAACCCUCUGGCUGGACAUGAAGGCCUGCUGGAAUUGACUUGGAAUUACGGUACUGAAAAGGACGCCAGCUUCAACUACCACAAUGGCAAUGAUGAGCCUCAGGGGUUCGGCCAUAUUUGCAUUACUGUAGAUGAUUUGGAUGCGGCAUGUGCUCGGUUUGAGGAGAACAAGGUCACCUGGAAGAAGAGGCUGACAGAAGGUCGCAUGAAAAACAUUGCGUUUGUCCUUGAUCCUGACCACUACUGGAUCGAGGUUGUGCAGAAUGAGAAGUUGAAGACACGCAGUAAUUGGUAA